AAUGUGCUGCACAAGUAACACCUGAUGGUGGGUGAUGUUCUACCCGUGAGCAGGCCUGACCGAUGGAAGGGUAUAAGGGGUCUCACCCUCACCUUCUGAUCGGAGGCUCUUGUCCGUCUCGUCCCUCAACAACAACCUCGCCAAGCACCGACUCUCGUUUUCCAACAACACCACACUCUCUUCGUCUCCAGCCCGUUCGACAUGGUCUCUGCCAAGUACGUUUUCUCUCUCGCCGCCCUCGCGCUCGCAGCCACGGCGGCACCCGUCCCAAAGAUGCAGCCUGAGGCCGCCUCGCUCGAAAAGCGAUCCUACACUGGCCGCGCGACCUUCUACGCUGCUGGCCUCGGGAAUUGCGGCUGGCACAACUCCGGAUCGGACAUGAUUGUCGCCCUUAAUACCGCACAAUACGGGUCAACAAACCAGAAGUCGUCUCACUGCGGCCAAAAGGUGCGCAUCCACCACGACGGCAAAACGCAGACGGCCACCGUGGCCGACUCGUGCCCAACGUGCCCGAUGGGCGCCCUCGACAUGAGCAAGGCUCUCUUUGGCGCCCUGACCAACGGCAACUUUGAUCUGGGAGAGUUCCAGAUGACUUGGGAGUUCAUCUGAUCCUCCAUCCACCCCUUCUCGCUUCGCUGCCGCCCCUUGCCGGUCCGCCUCCCGCCUCGCUUUCCGUUGUCUUCCUCCCCGGUUGGAGUACCUCUCUUGUCUAGCACAAGAAGGCUGGUCCUCGUCCCUUUCUCUCGUCCUUCCCUCUAGCGUCUCUUGUCUAUUGCCACGGGUUCCCUCUCCGCUAUACACCGUACGACCUUACCUUACCUUACCUUCCCAUACCUAAUCCGCCUAACGUCUAAUUACGCACCGACACCAUCUCAUCUCCCAUUACUCUUUCUCCAAGUAAUCCGCGCGAUCGUCAACGCCGCUAGUCUGUGGCCGGGGCAUUGCUGCGAAGGGCUUUUGUCCCAACGUCAACCUUGUAUUUGGAUUCCUCAUCACGCAAAGCAUCACACACGCCCCCGCCCCCCCU